CGAUAAAAAAGUUGAUUUUGCCACAGUCACAUUAUCUCCUGUAUGUGGCUUCUUUUUGCUUGAACAUGAAACACAUAAAAUUUAUAGGCUUUAUUUUUUUCUUGUUCUCUUUGACUGAAUCCCUAGUCCUACCCACAAAGCCUCAGGAUGUAGCUACCCAGAAAUUCAUCGAGGAGAACACAGCAUACCUGACCAUCAUUGCAGUUGCUCAGUAUGUACAGGAAGCAUCCUUUGAUGAGGUGGAGAUGCUGGCGAAAGUCAUGACGGCUUACAGGGAUAGGUGCUUGGCUGAUGGGACACUUCCAGAGUGUUCAAAAACAGCAAAUGAGGUCAUCCAGGACAUGAUUUGUGCUGCAGAAGGACUGCCACAGAAGUACAACUGUUCUCACUGCUGCGGUAAAACUAGCGGUGCAAGGAGCCUCUGUUUCCUCUACAACAAGAGAGCGAACACAAGCUUUCUGCCCCCUUUCCCUACUCUGGAUCCAGAAGAGAAAUGCCAAGCUUACAAAAACAACAGUGGAUCUUUUCUGAAUCUCUAUAUGUAUGAGGUUGCCAGGAGAAACCCCUUUGUCUUCUCCCCUGUUCUUCUAACUGUGGCUGCUCGGUUUGAGGAGGCGGCGGCCACGUGUUGUGAGGAGCAAGAGAAAGCCACCUGCUUUCAGGCCAAGGCAACUCCUAUCACACAAUAUUUAAAAGCAUCCGCUUCUUACCAAAGAAAUGUUUGUGGAGCCCUUAGAAAAUUUGGACCCAAAGUCUUAAACUCUAUAAACACUGCUGCAUUCAGUAAAAAAUUCCCCAAGAUUGGAUUUAAGGACCUUACUUCUAUCUUAGAAGAUGUUUCUUCCAUGUAUGAUGGGUGCUGUGAAGGGGAUGUUGUGCAGUGUGUCCGAAGCCAGAGCCAGGUGAUGAAACAUAUUUGUUCAAAACAAGAUUUCAUCUCGAGUAAAAUCAAAGAGUGCUGUGGAAAGAAAAUAACAGAACGUGAAGCCUGUGUCAUUAACACAAAUAAAGAAGAGAAACCAGAUGACUUAUCUACCAGAGAUCUCAGAUUUACUAAUGAUGAAAAUAUAUGUCAAGAACAAGAUUCUAACAAGGACAGCUUCUUUACUGAGUUUCUUCAUGAAUACUCCAGGAGACAUACUGACUUUUCUACAGCAGAGCUUCUAAGAAUUGCUAAAGUGUACAAGAAUCUCCUGGAAGAUUGCUGCAGCAGAGAAAACCCAGCAAGUUGCUACCGGGAUGCGGAGCAUAAAUUCAAUGAGACGACUAAGAAAAGCUUUGCAAUGGUUCAACAAGAAUGCAAACACUUCCAGGAGCUGGAUAAGGACGCCUUGAAACUCCAUUACCUUGUCAAGUUCACCAAGGUAGCUCCCCAGCUCUCCGAGGAAGAACUGAUCUCCCUCAGUGAGGGAAUGGUGGCAGCGUUGACAACCUGCUGCACCCUGAGUGAUGAGUUUUCUUGCGUUGAUGACUUGGCAGAAUUAGUUCUCGGAGAUUUAUGUGGCGUCAAUGAAAAUCGAACUAUCAAUCCCGCUGUGGACCACUGCUGCAGAGCUGACUUCGCCUUCAGAAGGCAGUGCUUUUUCCAUCUGGAAGCAGACACCACCUAUGCGCUCCCAUCCGUCUCUGCGCUUAUACCAGCUUUGCGUGCAGACUGGUGUCAAGCUCACAAGGAGGACGAGGACCUUCAGAGUAAGAAACACAGGUUUAUCAUCAACUUAGUGAAGUGGAUGCCAGAGAUCACGGCUGAGGAGCGUCUGUGUGUGUUCACAAAGUUCAGUGCCGCCUGGGAGAGGUGCAGCGACGUGCAGGAGCCUGAAGCCUGCUUCCGUCCAGAGGGCUCAAAUAUUGGUAACGAAAGUGGAGCUGCUAAUAAAAAAAGAUAAAACACCAGAGCCGGUACAUGCUUACAGGUUCCCUCUCUAUCCCAUUACAAGGUUCAGCUCUUAAGAAGAAUGGAAUAGAAGAUUCUAUAACCCUUACUUGAAUCGUGUUACUGCAAAAAGCAAUAAAAUGAAAGCAUAAUGUCA